CUUCUCCUUCCUCCAAAACCCAGACCACGCUUUGCUGUUCCCCCACACGCAAACACAACACCGCGUUCUUCUUCUCAUCAGUCAGUCAAACUCAAAACUCAACACCAUGACCCCAAAAUCCCUCUUCUUCUUCUCCACCACCCUCGCUCUUCUCAUCCUCCUCAUACCCAUCUCUGCCCAAAUCUCCGACCCGAACCCGAAACCGACCCAAUCCCUAUCCGCGGCCCACACUGAGCUCACCAACUAUGGCUUCCCAGUCGGACUCUUACCCUCCUCAGUCCAUGGCUACUCCAUAAACAAGACCUCCGGCAACUUCUCCGUCGAGCUCGGCGGCGACUACAAGAUCACUCUCCCGCCGGACAACUACCUCGCCACCUAUUCCAGGACAGUCAGGGGAAAGAUCGUUUCGGGUAAGAUCGCUGAGCUCGACGGGAUUCAGGUCCGUGCGUUGUUCAGGUGGUGGUCCAUCACCGGGAUCCGAUCCACCGGCAAAGACUUGGUGUUCGAGGUCGGCAUGGUCAGCGCCAAGUACCCCUCCAAGAACUUCGACGAGAGCCCCGAUUGCGAAGGUAAACACUCCUCUUUGUGAGUGAGCGAGUGAGGUAUGAAUUCAAAUCCCAAUUCAAUUCGCUCUUAAUUAGGGUUUUGAAUUGAUCAGAGAAAUUCGAGACUAAAGUAUGUGUUGUGCGUUAUGAUUAGUAUUGAAUUAACAUCUCUGAGUGAUAAUUCUUAAUUAGUAAUUAUUGAUUUAAAAUAUAAAAAUUGAUUGAAUCGAAUUGUGCUCUAUGUAUCUCGAUUAUUCCUGAAUAUUCUGUAUAGCACGAGCAAAAUAAAAUAGUUGCUGUCUUUUUUGAUUUUGUUUUAAUUUUAGUUUACUAGGCGUUUGUUUGUAUCGAAUAUGUUCUUUUCCAGAUUAAUUCCCUCUAAGGUAUUAGCCCAAACUGCCGACUCUUCCAAAGAAGGUAAUUCUUUUCUCUCUUUACAAUUAAAUCCGUUAGCACAAAUCGCAUUAGAUAUCUGUGAAACGUUUUAACUUUUAUUUAUUUUUACUAAUUCGUUAAUGUUUGAAUUGCUUUUCAGUUUGAUUAAAACUGCCGACUCUUCCAAAGGAGCUGAUUGAUAUAAAGCUUCCUAAGUAUUUUCACGAUCAGACAAACUUAACCAAAUUGAGCAUCUGUUUGGGUGUGGAGGAAAAAAACAAUGGAAGCACAAUCAAUUGUGAAGCUCAAGAACACAGUGUGAGCAGCUACACGUUGCAGAGAAAUCGAGGUAUCCACAAGCCAGUCAAAGUUGAUGACAGCCCUUCAAUGAUAGCUGAAAAUGGUGUGAGUAGCU